AUGCUUGUAAGCAUUGGAUCCUGUAUUGCAUGUGGUAGAGCAGAGUACAGAACAGGUGAUGAAUGCUGUCCUAUGUGUUCUCCAGGAKACCGGGUACAUAAACACUGUACAGAAUUUARAAYUACUUCCUGUGUCCCCUGUACCYACUCCACUUUCCUUGAUGAACCCAAUGGUCUUARGGCKUGCAUACUGUYUACAAARUGUGACCCWGGCUUUGGUUUGAKGGUAAAGCAGRCAUGUASACCUUCAUCAGACACGGUCUGUGGGACACUGGAGGGGUUCUACUGUCUAGACCCAACUAAGGAUGGUUGUAGAGCAGCCCAGAGACACAGCAGCUGUAAACCUGGUCAAUACAUCAGUCACACAGGAACAACAUCUACAGAUACUGUGUGUUCUGACUGUACUGGUGAUGCUUAUUCAAAUGGAUAAUUUACAUCCUGCCAGACAUAUACACAAUGUGAUACCUUGAAGCGUCAGCAAAUUAAACCUGGUGGGAGGGAAUUGUUUUAA